AUGUAUAAAAUUCUAGUGUUAGUGACAUUUGUUGCGGUCAGCCUAACUCAUGGCAAUAUCCUAGCUCCGAAGCUAAAACUGAACGAUGGCAGAGAAAUACCUGCUUUAGCACUAGGAACCUGGUUGGGAAACAACACGAAGCCCUCGGCAAAUGAAGUGGAACUAGCAGUGGGCUGGGCUAUCGACGCAGGAUACCGCCACAUUGACACCGCAUACGCUUACAAGAUCGAGGAUCAGGUCGGUCGAGGUGUAGCAAGCAAGCUGAACGGCGUCCCAAGAAGCGAACUCUUUAUUACCACUAAGCUGAGUAAUUCACAUCACGCACGAGACGCUGUUAUACCUGCUCUCCAAGAGUCAUUGCAAGAGUUAGGUCUGGACUAUGUAGACCUCUAUUUAAUUCACUGGCCCCUCGGACAAUUCGCUAAUUUAACUUAUGAUUUCACGGAUUAUCUCGAGACUUGGCGUGGGAUGAUGGAUGCAAAACAACAGGGAUUAGCCAAAUCCAUUGGACUGUCAAACUUCAAUGAGCAAAUGAUUGACAGAAUUAUAGACAACGGGUUGGAGGUACCUGCCGUGCUGCAGGUUGAGAUUAACCUGAACCUUCAACAACCGGAGUUACUUCACUAUUGCAAGGAUAAAAAUAUCGUUGUUAUGGGCUACACACCCUUUGGUUCACUAUUCUACGGCAAAGCUAAAUCUGAUGCCCCACCGCCACGUGUUGACGAUCCAUCUUUGAUUGAGAUUGCUAAGAAGUAUAACAAGACCGUACCUCAAAUAACUCUCAGAUAUCUGAUCGAACUGGGCGUUAUACCUAUACCUAAAUCCUUAACGAAAAAGAGAAUAGAACAAAACAUCGAUGUGUUUGAUUUUAAACUGACGGAAGAAGAAAGAACACUUUUGAAAUCUUUCGACAAGGGCUAUAGGACAAUACCGCAACUAAAAUGGCUGGAUCAUCCCUUCUACCCGUUCAAAAAACCACUUAAUCUGUAA